GGUAAUGCCGAUUCCGCGCCGCCUGCCCUGCCUUCCCGCUGUCGCCGUAGCCGCCAGACGCUCGACCGCGAGCCUCGCCGUCUCCCAUGGUGGGACCGGCGGGAGGCCCUCGACGGCCAUCCUGGCCGCCGCCGCGACGGCAGCCGCGGCGGCGGGCCGCGCCUCCGAGUGCCAGUCGCUCCUCCUCCGCAUGUCGCGCCGCCGCGGGGCCUCCCGCCUCGACAUCGUGUCCUCCCUCCUCGCCUCCUCCCCGACCCCGCAGCCGCAGGUGUUCGACCUCCUCAUCCGCACCUACACCCAGUCCCGCAAACCCCGGGAGGCAUUCGAGGCCUUCCGCCUCCUGCUCGACCGCCGCGUCCCCAUCCCCGCCGCCGCCUCCAACGCGCUCCUGGCCGCGCUCUCCCGCGCCGGAUGGCCCCACCUCACCGCGGACGCCUACCGCCUCGUCCUGUCCUCCGACUCCGAGGUAAACACCUAUACGCUUAACAUCAUGGUCCACAGCUACUGUAAAGCCCUACAGUUCGAUAAGGUUGAUGCCGUAAUCUCCGAGAUGGAGAAGAGAUGCGUGUUUCCGGAUGUGGUAACCCAUAAUGUGAUGAUUGAUGCUAGAUUUCGUGCUGGGGAUGUUGAGGCGGCGAUGGCAGUGGUCGAUUCGAUGGUUAGUCAGGGGAUAAAGCCAGGAAUCUUGACGUAUAAUGCGGUGUUGAAGGGGUUGUGUAGGAAUGGAAGGUGGGAUAAAGCGAGGGAGGUGUUCAGGGCAAUGGGCGAGUGUGGGGUGGCUCCCGAUGUUCGGAGCUUCAACAUGUUGAUUGGGGGAUUUUGUAGAGUUAAGGAGGCUGAUGAGGCAAUGAAGUUUUAUAAGGAGAUGCGACGUCGUGGAGUCACACCAGAUAUUGUGAGCUUUAGUUGCCUGAUUGGGUUGUUUGCAAGGAGGGGGAAGAUGGACCAUGCGGCGGCCUACUUGAGGGAGAUGAGAGAGUUCGGAUUGAUGCCUGAUGGUGUGAUUUACACAAUGGUCAUUGGUGGAUAUUGCAGGGCUGGGUCAAUGUUGGAGGCACUGAGAGUCAGGGAUGAGAUGGUUGGCCGUGGAUGUUUGCCAGAUGUGGUAACUUACAAUACCUUGCUGAAUGGGCUUUGUAAAGAGCGUAGGUUGUCUGAUGCAGAGGAGCUUUUGACUGAGAUGAGGGAGAGAGGGGUUCCACCAGAUUUAUGCACCUUCACAACUUUAAUUCAUGGGUAUUGUAGGGAGGGUAACAUAGAGAAGGCAUUGCAACUAUUUGAAACAAUGCUGCAUGAGCGUUUGACGCCAGACAUUGUGACAUACAACACUUUGAUUGAUGGAAUGUGCAGACAAGGUGAUCUGGGCAAAGCUAAUGAGCUAUGGGAUGAUAUGCAUUCUCGAGAAAUCUUCCCCAACCACAUUACCUACAGCAUCCUGAUAGACAGCCACUGUGAGAAGGGACAAGUGGACGAUGCAUUUGGGUUUUUGGAUGAAAUGAUAAACAAGGGGAUUGUGCCAAACAUCAUGACCUAUAAUUCCAUCAUUAAGGGUUACUGCCGGUCUGGAAAUGUACUGAAGGGGCAACAAUUUUUGCAGAAGAUGAGGGAUGCCAAGGUGUUGCCUGAUUUAAUUACUUACAACACCCUAAUCCAUGGUUAUGUUAAAGAAGAGAAGAUGCAUGAAGCCUUUAAUUUGCUUAACAUGAUGGAGAAUGAAAAGGUUCAACCAGACACUGUGACGUAUAAUAUGAUUAUAAAUGGGUUUUCUGUACAUGGUAAUAUGCAAGAAGCUGAUUGGGUUUACAAGAAAAUGGGUGCUAAAGGAAUUGAACCAGAUAGAUAUACAUACAUGUCCAUGAUAAAUGGUCAUGUUGCAGCUGGGAACUCGAAGGAGUCAUUUCAACUUCAUGAUGAGAUGCUUCAGAAAGGGUUUGCUCCUGAUGACAAAUUCUGAGGGUAUUAUUUUCCUCCAUACUGGAAUCUAAUUGAUGCUAUGGUUAAUUCAACGAUGAGAAAGGAAGGCAAUUUGCAGUUUGUUUAGAUCGUCAGGAUUUUUGCUCCAACAAGUAUUUAUAGACUUGAAGGUGAGCAUGAGAAAUUCUGCAGUUCAGCAUUAAAAUAUCGGCAUCUGAUUAAAUUUUGGAGUGAAUUCCAUGGAAAUUUUCAUUAUUGGGUGGUCCAAGGGUAGCAAAAAUUUCCACACAAGUGGCCUCUCUAGAUGUGCUUUCUUCACCAACGUGCAGAAAUAUUCUUCAAGGGCUCAGGACUCGGGAGGUGUGCUUUUGUUUUCUGAACAUCGGAGGAAUCUAGCAUGCUCUAAAUUUCUCAGGGUGAAUGCAAAUCACUUUUAGCAUGAACUAUUAACAUCACACGAAACUGAUCAAAAGGGAAGAACCAGGCGUCCAUAAAAAGGGCAAUCAAAACUGGUGUGCAAAAGAAGAAAUAAAACCGACUAGAGAGUGUGAAUGUGUGCCCCUUCAGCCUUUACCUCCAAACGAGCAAUGGAAAAGAACUAAAAGGACAAAGAGAAAAAUAUUGCUCAUUUGAAUAUCUCAAACCUCACAAGGUGGAUGAGGCAGGCUUUGAUGAAGUUAUGGAUUUUUUGUUUAAAAGGACCACCUGCCGUGUCGAAUUGACGAGAAAGACCAUCUUUGAAAAGAAUGGACAAAAGAGACCAGCUGGGGCGUGGCGGCAGGCGCGCGAGCCGACACGUGGCACCUGCCGCCACGUCCGGAGGCGGCAGGGCCUGCCGCCACGACAGCAGGUGGCAGCGCUCGAAUUACCAAAUACCAGGCGAGGCCAGCUGCUGCGACGGAAUUUGGAUGGGCUGGUAGGCCCUGCCGCCACACCCUGUGGCGGCACGUCUCCAGCAGGAGCACUGCUUGCUCUCUGUUCUACUCGAUGUUAGCAGGUGUGAAAAUAGGCACAUUUGACUGAGAUUUAAAUCAAUUUGAAGGCCGAUUUUAAAGA